AGCCACAGCGAGACACAGACGGAGCCGGGAGGAUGGGAACGGCAAACAGAAAAGGCAGCGCCGUGCCCCUGCUCUGCACCAUGGGUGCCCUCCUGGCCCUCCUGGACCCUGUGCAGCCCACCAGGGCCCCUGACUGUGGGGGCAUCCUCACCCCCCUGGGACUGAGCUACCUUGCCGAAGUCUCAAAGCCACAUGCAGAGGUGGUCCUCAGACAGGACCUGAUGGCCCAAAGAGCCCCAGACCUGUUCCUUGGCUCCAUGGAGCCCAGCAGGAACCGAAUUACCUCUGUAAAAGUGGCUGACCUGUGGCUGUCGGUCAUCCCAGAGGCCGGGCUGCGGCUGGGCAUCGAGGUGGAGCUGCGCGUCGCACCCCUGCACACCGUGCCCAUGCCGGUGAGGAUCUCCAUCCGGGCUGACCUCCACGUAGACAUGGGACCCGAUGGCAACCUGCAGCUGCUGACCUCCGCCUGCAGACCCACCAUGCAGGCACAGAGCACCAGGGAGGCGGAAAGCAAGUCCUCCAGAUCCAUCCUGGACAAAGUGGUGGAUGUCGAUAAGCUUUGCUUGGAUGUCUCCAAGUUGCUCCUUUUUCCAAACGAGCAGCUGAUGUCGCUGACAGCGCUGUUUCCCAUCACCCCAAACUGCCAGCUCCAGUACCUGCCUCUGGCUGCCCCCGUGUUCUCCAAGCAGGGCAUCGCCCUGUCCCUGCAGACGACAUUCCAGGUGGCGGGGGCAGUUGUCCCUGUGCCCGUCAGCCCCGUGCCCUUCAGCAUGCCUGAGCUGGCGAGCACCAGCACAUCCCAUCUCAUCCUGGCUUUGUCCGAGCACUUCUACACCAGCCUCUACUUCACCCUGGAGAGAGCCGGAGCCUUCAACAUGACCAUCCCUAGCAUGCUGACCACCGCCACGCUGGCACAGAAGAUCACUCAGGUGGGCUCCCUGUACCACGAGGACCUCCCCAUCACGCUGAGCGCCGCGCUCCGAAGCUCUCCUCGGGUGGUGCUGGAGGAAGGCCGGGCAGCUCUGAAGCUCUUCCUCACUGUUCACAUUGGGGCGGGCUCACCUGAUUUCCAGAGCUUCCUGAGUGUGAGCGCGGAUGUGACCGCAGGACUGCAGCUCAGCGUCUCUGACACACGGAUGAUGAUCUCCACGGCAGUGAUAGAGGAUGCUGAGCUCAGUCUGGCUGCCUCCAAUGUGGGCCUGGUGCGGGCUGCACUGCUGGAGGAGCUGUUCCUGGCCCCUGUCUGCCAGCAGGUGCCGGCGUGGAUGGAUGAUGUGCUGCGGGAAGGCGUCCACCUCCCCCACCUGUCCCACUUCACCUACACCGACGUCAGCGUUGUGGUCCAUAAGGUAAGGAGCAGCACGUGCAAAGUGCUCCCUGCAACAAGGCAUUUAAGGUACUCCUGCUAUACCUGAUUUAAAGAGGACUGACACUUCCCUCCCAGCUCUGAGCCCUCACCACGCUCCCUUGCUUUGCAUGGGCAUCCCUCACUAACCACAUUAGCACGCUCUGGGAGGAGCAGGGUGUGCUCUGCCCCCGCCUGCUUCCCUCUGUCUGUAGGAUUACGUCCUGGUCCCAUGCAAACUGAAGCUGCGGAGCACCAUGGCCUGAACCUGCUGCAAUGUUUGGGUGAAAGCAGUGCUCAGCUUUGUGGAUUUUCACCGCAGGAAACAAGAAGAAUCUUAUAUCUUAAGUAAAACAACACUUACAUUUAGGAUAACAGCGGCCUUGCAUUAGAGUCCUCUUCCAACCCUGAUCUUGGCAUUUUUGGUGCAGAAGGAGGAUGGAUUGUAACAAUGUUUCAUGCUUUAAUUAAACAUUUCUCUUUAA